AUGUCGGACGAUGGCAGGCAGCCGGCUGUUGACAGCGUGGAUCAGAUCCGCAGGCACAGCGACCCAGCCUGGAGGAAGGGAAUCCACUUCUAUGUUGAGCCCAGGGAGUUCACUAUGAAUCCCAGCCGAGGGACCAUCCUCCCCCAGGGACACCAGGACAUCGAGGUGACCCUGUGUUCCAACACGGUGAUGGAGUUCUGCCGGAGGAUGCUGGUGGACGUGGAGGGCAUUGGCAAGGGAGCGGCAACACUGGUCAUCACAGCCAGAUGUCUUGUUCCUGAGCUCCAAGUGUCCCCUUAUGUGCUCCAGUAUGAUGAGUGCCACCUGAAGGUGCCCUAUGAGAAGAAGCUUGUCAUCAGGAAUCCCAGCCACCUUCCUGGCUGCUACGGGCUUAUUGCCCAGCCCCAGAGCACAGCAGAGAUCCCAGUUGUGGUGGAGGUGCAGGCGCUGGGUGAGCAUCGCACCAGUGUUCUCAUCGGCGUGUUCGGGGAUGAGAGGAACCCCCUGGCCUUCAGUAUCCUGCCACUCUCAGGUGUGCUGCAUCCAGGACAGAGCCAGCAGGUCUCCUCCACCUUCUCUGGCCACCUCAGCAGCACCUCCAAUGUCACCGAGUUGUGCCACGUGGAGGGAGGCCCCACCUGCGAGGUGCUGGCGACCGGGGAGGCCUCAGGUGUCAGCUCCUCCCUGAGCCCCCGGGAGAUCAGCUGUGGCUCUCAGGCACCUCUCAGGGAGAGAAGGGAGCUGAAACAGCCAGCUCAAAAGCCUGAGGAGGAGGUAAAAGCCUUAGAGAAGGAAGAGAUGCGGAAGGAGGACGAGAGGUGGAAGAAGGGAAAGAAGGGAGUCUCUGAGAGGAAGCAACAUCCAAAAGCAGAGAAGGGGAAAAGCAAACCCCUAGAGAAGAAGGAAGCCAAAAUCCCAAAAGAGAAAAACAGAUCUCCUGAGAAGAAAGAAAAGAAAGCUGCAGAGAAGAAAGAAACUAAGGCCCCAGAGAAAAAGGUCACCAAAGAAUCAGAGAGGAAGGAAACCAAAUUACCAGAAAAGAAGGAAGCCAAAGCCCCAAAGAAGGGGGAAGCAAAACCCCAAAAGAAGGGCGGGAAGUGAAAUCACAGAGAACCCAUCUGGGAUGGAGAGGAAUUCUUAAUUCAUUAUUUACACAACCCAUCUUACACAGUUUGACAGACCUCAGUGCAAGUUUAGUUAGUUCAUAGAUUUCAUAGCAGUUAUUCUAAUA